AUGCCUAAUCGCCCGAAUUUCCUCGAUAUGCGGGCCGAUUCGAACUCGUCCGCUGCGUCGAUUUCCUCGAAACCCUUACGAUCACCUCGCAUGCACAUUGCUGGCGAAGCGCCACCAGAACUGUCUCCCUUGGACGCUUUCGCAUUACAAAGUCGUUUGUUGGCCAGGCAGCUGCAGGAGAGCAACAAGGAUGGAAAUCGCGUCAGCAGGCUGCCGCCUCUCACCGUUGAGUCACCUCUGAUUGUGCAGGGACGCUCAGAGUACUUCCGGUCACUGUCGGCGGAUUCUCCAUCAUCCGACCCUGGGUUUCCAGAAUCAUCCUCAUCUGGAUUAGGCCUCAGGACGGAAAUUGAAGACGCUUUUGCUGGUGAACAACGGCCUCAAUCGGUGCAUACACGUAUGAGUCGCAUCUCCCCUACCUCUGACGCCGAUAUACCUACCUUGCCAAAUUUCCGCCCCGAUGUCUUGCGGGGGAGGCAGCCAAACCACACACAGGGAAGAGACGGUUUCUUUGGUGCUCGCCACGAUCGCUCUCCAUCACCGAUGCAAAGCGAUUCGCAAUCCCAGCAUGAAAAGCCCUUCACAACUUCGCCCGUCCGCAGGUCCAACUCCACACAAGCCACCACGCCGCACCAAGUACCUGCUUCCACACGGUCGUCGCCGGGGAAGACGAAGCAGGGGAGCUUCGACGAACUGGGGCUGGUGCCACCACCUUCUCUGUUUCCUAAGCGAUCCUCUAGCAUUCUCUCCUCUACAGUCCCUGAAGAUGACGAAACUUGCAGCAGCAUGAGCGGCUCGGUGCAAUCCCUUGCACGCAAACUGAGUUCCGGAAGCGCUGCCUUUGCAAACACAUUGCCUUCACCUGCCAUGAACUCAAGCUUCAAGAGAUCACCUUCUGUGGCCUCCGAUUCCUCUGCUCUGCCGCGCCCAUCAUUCAACUUCUCGCGGCCUUUAAGCCGUGCUGGGACCCCUGGUUUUGACUUUCCCACCAGGCAGGCUUCCUCUGAUAGUCAACCAUCGUUCAUCUUGACGGAUGAUACCGCUCAUACGCCUGUCAGUAUGCACAGCGAAGCAUUCAUGGACCAGUUCCCAGAGGACGCCAGGGGCGCUGCGUCGUACAUCUACUCCAAGUUUGCGCUUCCCAGAGGGAAAUCCAUCCAGCGAUUCGAUCCAAACGAAGCGAUGCCACAGGCGUCAAAUCAGUGGGAACAACCAGCAGUGCUGACGCCAAGCGUCCAGCGGUUCCCCGCUGGCGCGCCUCCAUCUCCACCAACAAGGCCGUCAAGUUCUUCUGCGAAGACUUUGCCUGAUGACGCUAUGAGUUCUAUAAGCAGCUCGAAUAGACCGUCGAUCGACGCUGGGAAGAUGAGUUUGGAUAAUUCGAGGCUGGGGACUGCCGGGGGAUCUUCGUACCCUCUUCGGGCCUCGGCUGAACUAAGUCAUGAUCCAGAGGAAGUCGCAAGAGGACGAACGCCCACAUCUACAAUGCACGAACCAUCACGAGGCAGGACGCCGGCGUCUGCCACUACGAGUGAUUCCGCCAGCACCAUACGUCAACCUGCGGCAGCCAGAUCCCUUGCUUCCGCAGCAUCUGAAAUGACUGCAGAGGAUCAUCUGGCAAAGGGCAUUGAGUGCCAUGAAAACGGCUCGCUAAACGAGUCAACGUAUCAUCUCAGACUGGCCGCCAGGCAAAAUAACCCAACAGCCAUGCUCCUUUACGCGUUGGCUUGCCGGCAUGGCUGGGGCAUGCGUGCGAAUCAGCGGGAAGGAGUCGAAUGGCUACGAAGGGCGGCAGAGAACGCCAGCAUUGAGAUUGCUGAUGACGAGGACCAAGUAAAGGAGGGCCGUGCGGCUCCAGCCACCAUUCUGGCGAGGAGGGCGCGAAAAGCACAGUUUGCUUUGAGUAUUUACGAGCUCGGCGUAUCCCAUAUGAACGGGUGGGGCAUUGAGCAAGACAAGUCCCUCGCGCUGCGCUGCUUUGAAAUUGCAGGAAACUGGGGCGAUGUUGAUGCUCUCGCCGAAGCGGGAUUCUGCUACGCCCAAGGUGUCGGCUGCAAAAAGAAUCUCAAGAAGAGCGCCAAGUUCUACCGUAUGGCCGAAGCCAAAGGAAUGAGCAUGGUUGGAAAUAGCUGGAUUUACAAAGCAAAAUACAAUGACGAUGAGCAACCCUCUGCUGGAAAGGACAAGAAGAAGGCGCGUAGCAAGUCUCGCACAAGAACAAUGUUUGGCUUGAAAUCUUGA